GGAGGGAUGAAAUUGGGCAUUGUUGAAUCGAAGGACAGAGGGUUUGACCUUUGGGUUAAGGCAUUGUUGCUUGAUUGUUUCAAUGGAAUUAGUUUUAAGUUUAUCGAAGAAGGUGAAUGCCAAUGGGGCUAAGUGUUUAGAUUUUAUUCUUGUUCAAAACCCUAGGCUUUGAUCUGGCGCUGAUUGGGGGAUUAAUUAGUUUAAACUAUUAUUAAGAUUGUUAACGUUUGGGUGUUUGUUUGGCAUUGUUUUGAAUGAUUUUGAUGCAUAUUGUUCGGUACAUGGACAGGCGACAAUCCUAGAUUUGUUAUGCUUUACUUUUGAAACUGUUUAUUGAUCAAUGAAAUUGAUUGUGUAUAUGUGGAUGUGUCAAUUUGGCAGUCAAGCUAGUUGUUAUUGGUUUUUGUUUCUUGACAGGAGGUAUUUAGCAAGUGCAUUUCUUUGUUUCUUACCAAUUGUGCGAACUUUUAUUGCUUAACUGGUUUUUGUUAAAGCUGGUGAUUUUUUAUUUAUAUGUACAGAUUUGUGUUUUAUGUGCAUUUUUUGCUGGAACAAAAAGCAAUUAGACCCGGUUAGAUCUUGCUGGAGUGAUUAUAUAGAUUUUAUACAUUUAUACAUGAAAUGGGCUCCCGUGGAAGACCAUUAUUUGAUCUUAAUGAAUCCCCGGCUGAAGACGGUGAGGAGAGUGAUCUUGCUGCCUGUUUCCAGCUACAGAAGGUGUUUCCAUCUCCUAAUGCCCCUACUUGUGACUUGUCUGUGACAUCAGCAGGUUCUCAGCAAAUAGAAAAUAGCCAUAGGUUCCCACAUUUGUCAUCUGGCUCAGAUUUUCAACCUUUUAUUCAGCCUAAAGCUUCUCCUUUUACUGAAGUAGGAGUUAAACUUGAGAGAGCCGAAGAUCAGAAUUCAAAUUUGGCAUCAUCUUCUUCAACGUCAAAUUACAUUAGGGAGACAAAAGCACAUGUACCAGCUUCAUCUGUUUCAGGUUCUGCAAAUGCUCUGGCUGCAGAAAGAGAAGAAGGUGAGUGGUCUAACGCUGCUGAGGAUUCUGCUGAUGUUGGUAAUAGUUGUGUACAUGGAAAGGUUAAAACUUCACAAGAGCAAGGUGUAAACUCUAGUGCUUCAGGCAUGAUUAUUCAAAGUGUUAGUGCCACUGAAACCAACCAUUCUCCAUUGGACCAAUGUCUGAAUGAUCAGAAGGGCAAUGGUAGCCGAAAUUCAGAAGGCUGUAGUAAAGGUGAUAUACCCAUUGAUGAUCUGGAAGAACCUGGCUUGGUGCCAAAACAAAGAGAAGUUAAAGGUAUUGAAGCUAGCCAUGCACUUAGGUGUGCGAAUAAUCGAGGAAAGAGGAAUAUAGAUGAACAGAAAGAAGCAAUGCUGGGCAAGAAACGGAAUAGGAAGACAAUGUUUCUUAAUUUGGAAGAUGUCAAACAUGCUGGCCCUAUAAAAACUUCUACUCCAAGAAAGCAAAAUUUGCCAGUGCCAGUUAUUACUCGCUCUGUGAAAGAAUUUUAUACUGGUGAACAAGUCGAAGAGAAGCAAAAUCAGUCAAUAAAUGAGGGUCAGAAGCAAGUUGAUGUACCAUGUAAUGAAGGAAGCAAUCCUGCAGUGGAGUCAAGUGAUCGUAAAUUUGAAUGUAAUGGUAAUAUGAAUUAUGGACUACUUUCCAGGCCUCGUAGGUUAAAUAGUGGCUCUGAUCUUUCAGAGGCUCAUUUUACAACCGUUCCCAGACAGAGUCCAUGGAAACAACCUAUGGAUUCAAGGCAGCCUAAGAAUUUACAGUUUCCUAAUAGGAAUGCAAUUUCAAUCAGCCAAAGCACCAUGGACACAAAGAUGGUAAACAAGAAACAUCUUCCUUCUAAAAAGAUAACUGCUACUACUACCUCAUAUCAAGACACAUCUGUAGAACGGUUCAUACGAGAGGCGACCAACGAAAAGUUUUGGCAUCAUCCAGAAAAUAGUGAACUCCAGUGUAUUCCCGGGCAGUUUGAGUCUGUAGAAGAAUACGUCAGAGUAUUUGAGCCAUUGCUUUUUGAGGAAUGUCAUGCACAGCUGUACAGUACAUGGGAAGAGUUGGCUGAAACAGCUUUGAAGGAUGCACAUUUAAUGGUCCGUAUCAAAAGCAUUGAAAGGCGAGAAAGAGGAUGGUAUGAUGUGAUUGUUCUUCCAGUCAAUGCGUGCAAGUGGGUAUUUAAGGAGGGUGAUGUUGCAGUUUUAUCAGCCCCAAGUCCUGGUUCUGUUAGAAACAUGUGGAACAACACCUCUUCAAUAGAAGAUGAAGGGGCUGAGGUUACUGGUCGUGUGGUUGGUAAUGUUAGGCGCCACAGACCCAUUGAUACUCGUGAUCCUCUUGGAGCGAUCCUUCACUUCUAUGUUGGGGAUUCCUAUGAUUCAAGCUGCAAGGUUGAUGAUGAUCACAUUCUGCGGAAACUUCAACCCAGGGCAAUUUGGUAUCUAACUGUUCUUGGAUCUCUUGCUACCAGCCAACGAGAGUAUGUGGCAUUGCAUGCAUUUUGUCGUUUUAAUUCCCAGAUGCAAACUGCCAUCCUUAAACCAAGUCCAGAUCACUUUCCAAAAUAUGAGCAGCAAACUCCUGCUAUGCCUGAAUGUUUCACCCCAAAUUUUGUUGAUUAUUUACAUAGGACAUUUAAUGGUCCUCAGCUUGCAGCAAUCCAGUGGGCUGCUACGCAUACAGCUGCUGGAACAAAUAGUGGGGUGACAAGGAAGCAAGAACCAUGGCCUUUUACACUUGUUCAAGGGCCUCCUGGAACAGGUAAGACGCAUACAGUCUGGGGGAUGCUAAAUGUUAUCCAUCUGGUUCAAUAUCAACACUAUUAUACAUCUUUGCUUAAGAAAUUAGCACCUGAGAGCUAUAAGCAAGGUAAUGAAAGCAAUCCUGACAAUGUUGCAAUGGGAUCAAUUGAUGAAGUCCUUCAGAACAUGGACCAAAAUCUUUUCCGAAGCCUUCCAAAACUCUGUCCUAAGCCCAGGAUGUUAGUUUGUGCUCCUUCUAAUGCUGCAACUGAUGAACUUCUUGCACGUGUUCUUGGUCGAGGAUUUAUUGAUGGUGAGAUGAAAGUUUACCAUCCUGAUGUGGCCCGAGUUGGGGUAGACUCUCAAACACAGGCUGCCCAGGCAGUUUCUGUUGAGCGGAGGACCGAACAGCUUCUGCUCAAGAAUCAUGAUGAAAUUUUACAACAUGUGCGCUCUUUAAAGGCUCAUGAAGCUAUGUUAUCUCAGCAGAUAGCUACUCUUCAACGGGAACUUUUUGCUGCAGCUGCUGCUAUUCGGUCCCAAGGAUCUGUUGGAGUUGACCCUGACAUUCUUGUUACUCGGGACCAGCAUAGGGAUGCAUUGUUGCAGAACCUGUCUGCAGUUGUGGAAACCAGAGAUAAGGUUCUAGUCGAGAUUUCUCGCCUUCUCAUUGUAGAAUGCAGGUUCCGUGUUGGCAGUAACUUCAACUUAGAGGAAGCCCGUGCUAACCUUGAGGCGAGUUUUGCCAAUGAGGCUGAGAUUGUUUUCACCACCGUCUCGAGUAGUGGUCGCAAGUUGUUCUCUCGUCUUAGCCAUGGUUUUGAUAUGGUUGUCAUCGACGAGGCUGCUCAAGCCAGUGAAGUUGCAGUACUUCCUCCCCUCUCUCUUGGUGCAGCAAGAUGUGUACUUGUUGGGGAUCCCCAGCAGCUUCCAGCGACAGUCAUCAGCAAGGCUGCUGGGACCCUCUUAUACAGUAGAAGCCUUUUCGAAAGGUUCCAACAAGCAGGAUGUCCAACUAUGUUGUUGUCUGUGCAAUAUAGGAUGCAUCCUCAAAUUAGGGAUUUUCCUUCUAGGUACUUUUACCAAGGACGUCUUACCGAUAGUGAAAGUGUUGCCAACAUACCUGAUGAGGUUUACUACAAGGCUCCUUUACUUAAACCUUAUCUGUUCUAUGAUGUUACCCAUGGCCGCGAGUCUCAUAGAGGUGGAUCUGCAUCAUUUCAGAAUGUGCAUGAAGCAGCAUUUUGUUUGCGCUUGUAUGAACAUCUACAGAGAACUAUAAAAUCUUUGGGUGUGCCAAAAAUCACUGUGGGAAUAAUCACACCAUACAAACUGCAACUAAAAUGCCUACAACGUGAGUUUGAAAGUGUUAUAAAUUCAGAGGAAGGAAAUGAUCUAUAUAUCAAUACCGUGGAUGCUUUCCAGGGCCAGGAACGUGAUGUUAUAAUUAUGUCUUGUGUCCGUGCCUCAAGUCAUGGGGUGGGCUUUGUAGCAGACAUUCGGCGAAUGAAUGUUGCUCUUACUCGUGCCAGAAGGUCUUUAUUGGUGAUCGGUAAUGCCAAAGCUCUGAUGCAAUCCAAUGACUGGGCAGCUUUAAUUGCUGAUGCCAAAGCUAGGAAUUGUUAUGUGGACAUGGAUUCUCUCCCCAAGGACUUCCAAAAAGACUUGGUCUCGGAAGAUUUUCCCAGGCCAAGGGGAUUUGGUUACCCUCCAUCACAGGGUAAGGCUUCUAACACUAGGAGUUCAAGGCUUUCUGGACCGAGAUAUCGAUCAUUAGAUAUGCACAUGGACUCCAGGUCGGGAACACCACUAGAAAGUGCAGACGAGUCAAUUUAUAGGAAUGGGAAUUAUCGGUCAUUUAAGCCACCUAUGGAACCGCUCUUGGAAAACUUUGAUCAGCCAGGAGAUAGAUCUAGAAAUGCCUGGCAAUAUGGUAUACAGAAGCGGUAUUCUGCUGCUGGUGCUAUGGGGAGAAAAGAUUCUUAGCCAUUGAUUUGCCUAAAAAAUUAUUUGUGCACAGUGAAUAGCAUGGGAGCAGCACUUUCCAUUCCUUGUGAUUGAAGUACGUGAAUAUCUCUUGGUUCCAUGAAGGAUCAAGUGCAUUAGCUCUGGAUAUUUGCUAGGGGCACCAACGAGCUUCCAAACUCAUACCCUAGAUCCACCUAUAACCUUCAAAGGAAUUGAUUGCUGACAUUGAGGACGCUUCUACCUAAUCAAGAUUACUUAGCUUGACAACUGAUAGAAAUUCUGGCGUUACUUGGAUGGAAGUCUGAUACAGUUGGGGAGUCAUCCUAGUUCUUUUUGCCCCGUUGGCUCUGUAUCUCUCAACAUAACAUGUGACUCUCACUCGAAAGAUGCUUUCCUUAUUACAUUCAUUGACUUCACAAAUGUUUGCAAAAAUCUCUCGGUCUGCUCUCCAUUGGGUGUUUGCGCAGAACAGCCAGCAUGGUUGAAAAGCAGCUCGGGUUGAACAAGAUGAAGUGACAAAUUUUUAUGUGCACAAGGUAUGGGUCAGUUAACUGAAUAUUCAUUUUUUUGGGUGGUAGAAAAAUGACUUUCCAUAAUUUUUCAUAGAGAUGGAAG